AUGAAUCCUGCCAACGAAACCAGAACCGGGAGAGGUACAGAACCUUACAUUUUCACAGCUGGCACCUACAAACUUCUGGCUUUUACCAUCGGGACCAUUGGAGUAUUCGGCUUUUGUAAUAACGUUGUUGUCAUCAUCCUCUACUGUAAAUUCAAGAGACUGCGGACACCCACCAAUUUGUUGCUGGUCAACAUAAGUUUGAGUGAUUUUCUGGUUUCUGUCAUCGGAAUAAACUUUACGUUUGCUUCUUGCGUCAACGGCGGAUGGACUUGGAGUCAGGCAACAUGCAUCUGGGAUGGCUUCAGCAACAGCUUAUUUGGUAUCGUUUCCAUCAUGACUUUGGCAGCCCUGGCCUAUGAGCGCUACAUCCGGGUGGUCCAUGCGCAGGUGGUGGACUUCCCCUGGGCAUGGCGGGCCAUCGCCCACAUCUGGCUGUACUCCCUGGCCUGGACAGGUGCUCCUCUGCUAGGCUGGAACCGCUACACAUUGGAGAUCCACCAGCUGGGCUGCUCCCUGGACUGGGCAUCUAAGGACCCAAAUGAUGCCUCCUUCAUCCUCUUCUUCCUCUUGGCCUGUUUCUUUGUUCCUGUGGGCAUCAUGAUCUACUGCUACGGAAACAUCCUCUAUACAGUGCAAAUGCUGCGCUCCAUCCAGGACCUCCAGACGGUUCAGAUCAUCAAGAUCUUGCGGUAUGAGAAGAAGGUCGCCGUUAUGUUUUUCCUCAUGAUCUCCUGCUUCCUGGUGUGCUGGACGCCCUACGCUGUCGUGUCCAUGAUGGAGGCCUUCGGCAGGAAGAACAUGGUCUCUCCCACAGUGGCCAUCAUCCCCUCGUUCUUUGCCAAGUCUAGCACUGCCUACAACCCCCUCAUCUAUGUGUUCAUGAGCAGGAAGUUCCGCCGCUGUUUGCUGCAGCUGCUCUGUUCGCGCCUCUCUUGGCACCUCAACCUCAAAGAGCGCCCCCUGGCUCCUGUCGAGCGCCCCAUCCGACCAAUCGUUGUGUCCAGGGCGUGCGGCAACAGGGACCGACCCAAGAAGAGGGUGACCUUCAGCUCCUCCUCCAUCGUCUUCAUCAUCACCAGCAAUGACUUCCACCACCUGGACGUGAGCUCCAAGACUGAAAAUUCCAAGGAGGUUAAUGUCAUUCAAGUGAGACCACUAUGAUUCACAAGUUCCGGACUUCUCACCCCACCACUCAGUAUGCCUUAGGAUUUAACAUGCAAUUCCAAGCCAAAAUAAUCCUGUCUGACCUCCCUGGACAUGUGUAUCCACACAGUUACAGAUUUGUUACAACUAGGUGUAAAUAUCUAACUGUCAGCCCAAGAAUUAAACUUAAACUUUCCUGACAGUAUUCCAAGCAGGUAGUAUGAAAGUGUGACAUCCUCAUCUAACAUCAACUGUGGUGAUAUAAGUACAUUAUGUAGUUAACAACUAGUAAUAUAUUUCUCUUAGGAAAAGAAUCACACUUAUUUGUCAAAUAUGCCACACAGUACAUGCGACAACUGCAGAACUGUGUUGGGUACUUAGAGGCCAGCUGUGUUAUGGAUCAACAUGUAAUAGCUGAUUUUUUUUUGGUUGGUACCCAACUGUGUGUAACACAGAAAAUAAGCCUUAGCUCCUUAGCCAUAAACCAUAAUGCACAAACUGACAUUAUUGUGUAUGGAUUCAAUAAAGAGAUGCUAUUUUAAGCUAC